AUGUCGGAGCAGAGUCUAAAUACCUUCCAGAGGCUGGAAAAGUUGGGCGAAGGCACAUACGCAACGUUAUAUAGAGGCCGAAACAACCAGACUUCUGAAUUGGUAGCCUUGAAAGAGAUUCAUCUCGACGUCGAGGAAGGGACGCCCUCCACUGCGAUCCGGGAGAUCUCCCUGAUGAAGGAGCUGGACCAUGAGAAUGUUUUGUCUCUGUGCGAUGUCAUCCAUACGGAAGACAAGCUCGUUCUUGUAUCUGAGUACAUGGACAAGGACCUCAAGCGUUACAUGGACGCCCACGGCGGCGCUCUGAAUCUCCUCACCCUCAAGUCCUUCGCAUAUCAAAUGCUGAGAGGAAUCGCCUACUGCCACGCGAAGCGCAUCUUGCACCGGGAUCUAAAGCCUCAAAACCUAUUGAUCAACCGGAAUGGAGGUCUGAAGCUGGCGGAUUUUGGCCUCGCCCGCGCCUUUGGCAUUCCUGUCAACACCUUCUCUAGCGAAGUGGUCACUGUCUGGUAUCGAUCUCCGGACGUGCUCUUGGGUAGCCGCUCCUACAACACCAGCAUCGAUGUCUGGUCUGCGGGAUGCAUCAUCGCCGAGAUGUUUAGCGGUCGGCCUUUGUUUCCAGGCACCGCCAACUACGACCAACUGCUCAAGAUCUUUCAUAUUAUGGGCACCCCGUCUGAACGGACGUGGCCGGGCAUCAGUCAGUUGCCCGAAUUCAAGCCCUACUUUCCUGUCUACCCCACCCAGGAUUUGCGACUGCUGAUUCCCCAGUUGGAUCCUCUCGGGGCCGACCUUCUGAAUCGCCUGCUGCAAAUGCGACCGGAGCGGCGGAUCAGCGCUGCUGAUGCACUUCACCAUCCUUGGUUCGAGCGUCUUCCUUCGGAGCCAGAGCCAUCGGAGAACUUGGCCGGUCACGCUAACCUGUCAACGACCACGGGCGCGCAGGAAGUCAUUUCGCAGCUCAAGACUUACUUUGGUAGUGAUGACCUUCAUAUCCACAUUUUGGUGAAUAAUGCCGCCACCGAGGUGGUGAGCAAUAUGCAGAGCGUAACGCUUGAGAAUUACAAUAAGGUUUUCGACCUUAACGUGCGUGGUCUCAUGCUCAUGACGCAGGUCGCGCAUCCCUACCUAGCACCCAAAGGCCGUAUCAUCAGCUUAAGCUCUGUGGGAGCGCGUGCCGGCUUCAAAGGUGUCAGCCUGUACAGUGCUUCCAAGGCUGCUGUCGAAAGCUUCACGCGCACCUGGGCCAGCGAGCUGGGCGGGGAUGGCACGACGGAGGAGAUUGCGAGCAUUGUUGGGGGGUUGGCAGGACCCGAUGCCUCAUGGGUGUCGGGCCAGGUCAUCAGUGCAAGUGGUGGCUGGUCAAUGUGUUAG